UCCAAGAUGGAGGCCGGCGAUUGGCUGUUUUUGGGGACGGCGCUGCUUCUGCUGCUGUUGGUGGUAGGGGCCUGGUGGUCGUUCCGGCUCCCGAAGAGGCCUAGCGGCGUCGCGGGACGCGUGGCCGUGCUGGUGGUGGGCGACCUGGGCCGUAGCCCCCGCAUGCAGUACCACGCCUUGUCGCUGGCCCGGCGAGGCCGCCGCGUCGCUUUCAUCGGUUACGCGGGCACAAAACCUCACAGUGAGAUCAUAAGCAAUGGAAACAUUGAGAUUGUUCCCCUUACGGAGCUCAAAAUCUGGCAAGUUGGGCCCAGGUUUUUGCAGUAUAUCAUCAAAGUGAUUGUGCAGAGUUUCCAGUUGUUGUACACACUACUAAGGAUUGCUCCACCGGACUAUGUGCUUCUCCAGAAUCCGCCCGGUUUGCCCAGCAUUGCCGUCAGCUGGAUAUUUUGCCUACUGCGAAACAGCAAGCUAAUAAUUGAUUGGCACAAUUAUGGGUAUACUCUAAUGGGCCUGACUCACGGGAAAAGGCACCCCAUAGUCCGGAUUGCUAAAUGGUAUGAAGAAUUAUUUGGCUCCUUGUCCAGCUAUAAUAUUUGUGUGACCAAUGCAAUGAAAGAGGAUCUUCAAACAAACUGUAACAUCAGAGCAAUAACCCUCUACGACAAGCCGGCAUCUUUUUUUAAGGAAACACCCCUGAGCGAACAGCACAAAUUGUUCAUCAGACUUUCAAAAGACUACGCUCCUUUUAAAGCGGUAGAAUCCUUCACUCCAGAUCAUGUUGAAAGAUCUGCGUUUACCCAGUUUGAUGCCAUCAGUGGAAGAGUCACACACCGUCUGGGCCGACCGGCUCUCCUUAUUAGCAGCACCAGUUGGACAGAGGAUGAAGAUUUCUCCAUCCUGUUAGAUGCUUUAAAAGAAUACGAGCGCUGUGUCAGUGACGGAGCAAAACUUCCUUCUCUUGUGUGUGUGAUCACAGGCAAAGGGCCUCUGAAGGACCAUUACACCAAGCUGAUGGCUACUCUGCACUUCAAGCAUACCCAGAUUUGCACCCCCUGGCUGGAAGCAGAAGACUACGCCCUGUUGCUCGGCUCAGCCGAUUUAGGGGUUUGCCUUCAUAAAUCCUCCAGCGGUUUAGAUUUGCCGAUGAAAGUGGUGGAUAUGUUCGGCUGUUGCUUGCCCGUGUGCGCAGUACGCUUUCAAUGUUUGCACGAACUGGUGAAACACGAAGUGAACGGCUUGAUAUUUAAGGACUGGGAUGAACUUGCGGCACAGCUGAAGAUGCUUUUCGGUGAAUUUCCUGCUGAGGAAAGCCAACUUGCUUUAUUCCGAAGAAAUCUUCGCCAGGCCAAACAGCAGCGCUGGGAUGAAAGCUGGGAACAGACAGUACUUCCUCUGUUUAGCGACAGAUCCGAUUAGCUUAUGAUAAAUUAGAAGUUAGUUGAUAAAUUACAUCUUUUUUCCAAUUUUGUAUUAUCCUGCCAGUAUUUGAAAAUUCAAAAUUCAAAUUCAAUUCUGCUUUAAGUCAAAAUUUUAUGAUAAACUUUAUGUUGAAUUGAAUUUUUUUUAAAAAAUGACAUUUUAUUUUGAUAAAUAAAAAAAAAACCUCUCCUAUUUUUGUCCCUUACUUGAUUACAGAUUUUAAGUUGUUAUUUAUUAUUUUAUAUUUGAAUUUUUAAGUGCUUUUAUUUGUUCUGGUCUCUGUUCUAAGACUGUAAUAAUAAAUUGUUGUUGCUGUUGAUCAUAUUCUAGCUAGGCAAACUCAGGUGCCAGUUCAUGGAUGGGAAUUAGCCUUAUACAGGUAGUCACUUAACAAAUAUCUCAGUUGUGGUCCUAAGCCGAGGACUCCUGUACUUGAAUUGCAGUUGGCAUUGGAAUAAUGGUUUUGCCUGCUGGGAACUAGCUUGCUGCCUCAUCAUCAUAAUUCUUACGGAUGGGGACUUGAAGUUCUUCAGAUGUUGAGCCACAACUCAGUGUGUUACUUCUCUUUAGCUGUGCCAAGGUAGAUUAAAUGUAAAACAGGGAUGGGGAAAUCACUUUUCUUGAGAGUUUUAAGUGCCAUAGUGUUGUGGCCCGCCGGUUGCCAGCAGAGUCGGACAGUGAGAGGUUGGGGAGGAAUGUGGGCCAGUCCUGGGGGCUUUCCCGCUUAGAUGAGGGCUCCGCGUCUGUUGUGGCCCGUCAGAGGCCUGUGCGGAUUGUAGCUGAUUCUGACAACGAGAAGGCUGGUGUGGUGCUGUGCCAGCAGUCUAUGCAGCUGGCACUCGAGUCAGACAACGAGGAGGCCGGAGAAGAUGUGGUGCCAGAGGCAGGGAUUCAGCCAGGGCCUUCAGAGCCUCCAGAAGCUCCUUUAAGUGAAGAGGACGAAGAGGAGGAGCCUCUUCUUGAUGCACGGGUGCGCAAAGCUGCCAAAAGGCAGGAGUGGCUCCUCAGGAGGAGGUCUCCUCGAGAGUAAGGCUUGGGGCUAAUUGGCCACUCCCUUAGCCUAUUUAAGGACGAACACCGACUGAAGCAAUUUGUAGGGAACAACUUUAGUUCAUUCUCCUUCACGUCUGGAUUCUCUGCAAAUUGCUUCUGGGCUUUCUGCCAACCUUAGUAAGAUUGUGAUUACUUUAUCUUUGGUUUCUUGUAGGCUGUUAAGAAAGUUUAUUAACAGCCUUCGUUUGGAAAAGACUGAGUUAUUUUAGUAAAUUUAAGUUACACAGCAGCGAGGCAGAGGAACAGCUGGAGCCUGUUCCCAGUGUGCGCAUGCGCAGAGCUGCCAGAAGACAAGAACGAUUAAGAAAGCAGGAGUAAGGCCACACCUUGGAGAUAUUGGCCCCUCCCAUAGAACAUAAAAAAGGAGCAAAUGGGAUGUGGGCUUUUGCAGGAAGCAAUUAGUUCAUUUAGUCGAUUCAAGAUUGGAAAGUUCUGUUCGUGACUCUAAUAGACUCGGUGCCAAGUUUGGCCUUGCCCUGCAUUUGGAAAUUGAUUCUCUGGCAGCGUUCCAAGUGAGAUACGGUGGGUGUUGAUCAAUAUACCUCUGAAAGACUGUUUGCCAAAGCCUUGUUGAUUGUGAAUGACCGUAAUUCCCAGUCGUGUAAAUAAAAGAGGUUUGGCCGGAA